CGGAGCUUCGCAGCAAAAACCCCCAAGCUCGGCCACUGACACUGGCUAAGCUGGACUUCGCUUUUAAAAUGAAAAGGAAAGGAGAUAUGCAAUCCCAAUCAGCCCCCGUCAGCGCAAUUGCAGCCCGGAGGUCGCGAUUGGCCGCAGCUUCGCAAGCUUCAACGACGGAUGUUGAAUUGAUUUUGAACGAAGAACCUCCAUUGAAAAAACCUAAAACUAGUUCCUCGAAGCGGUCCUCUAGAGAUAACUCUGAGAAACGACAAUCCCCGCGGCAGGAAGGGGACACAGAGGCUAAAGUCGAUCUUUCGAGGGUGGUGAUAUCGAAGGGGAAAAACUCGAACGAGCCCCUAGCUCAGGAUUCGAUCGAGGAAUACCAGAGCGACGUCGGUGACGACAAUGAUGGCGUUGAGACAGAUGUUACUAGUGAUGAUGAAGAGAGUGAUGGGCCCUUAGCAAAUGCUCCAGCAGACUUCCAGAAUUUCUUGUUAUCGAAAAGUCGCAUAGGUAGAAGAAACGUAGUCUACCGUACCGUUAAUGCGAUAUGUAUUCGUUUGAAACUAAAAAUGAAUGUGGCACUCAUCGGUCAAUAUGACCUAUGGGUUAAACGAGGUGUUGUCAGCAUAAUGGGAGCGAAAUUGCACCCGAGCCCUCGUCUCUAUAGAGUCUAUGCGCCGUCCACACAUUCACUCCCGGUUAUCAAAUGCGUUUCAGGAGUUGAGGAUUAUGCGGAGGUUGAGAUCAGGUCCUACAAUAAUGGACUUUUCCGCUUAAGGAACCUUUCAAACUUAUAUCAUCGGAUAUGGAAUAGCAACGAGCCAGCUCCAGGUUCUAUUUUACAAGCCGGUGGACUAUCAUCAUUCUCAAUCCUACACUCAUCGUCGGACGACCCCUUGAAACGCCAUCUACGCCCGCUACAUCUUGAGAAGAAAUGGAGCAUGUCUAUUCAGAUGCUGUCUCAACGAGGAGGUGCCCUUCGAGUACUAACUUGUGGUCCGAAAGGAUCUGGAAAAUCGACCUUCAAUAAGUAUCUUCUUAAUCACCUACUCAGCCCACCUCCACUAGAAGGCAAUUUGCAACACGACCAGCAUGGAGUUGCAUUUCUAGAUUUAGACCCUGGACAACCUGAGUUGUCUCCGAUGGGCCAAAUAUACCUUGCCCACCUACGAACGCCACUCCUAGGGCCGCCGUUUUCCCAUCCAACUAUUGAUUCUCAAUCAAAUGGAUGUAUUGUUAGAUCCCAUUAUAUUGGAGCUUCUUCGCCAAAGGACGACCCUAAUCACUACAUUACGGCCACUAUGGAUUUGAUGAGUCGCUAUCACGAGCUUCUCCAGAGUUACCCGCAAUUACCCCUUAUCAUAAACUACCCUGGUUGGAUCUUCGGACUGGGCCUCGAGAUUGCGAUCUCUUUGGUCUCAUCUUUAGGCCUCACUGAUGUAGUAUAUAUGAGUGACAAAGGCCCAGCUGAAGUGGUGGAACCGUUGACUGCGGCUGCCUUGGAGGCUGGCAUUUCCGUGACCAUACUCCCAUCUCAGCCCACAGAUUUUGUGACCAGAUCCAGCGCCCAGUUGAGGUCUAUGCAGAUGCUCUCUUACUUCCACUCGAACCAGUAUCAAGGAAGCGAUAGAACUUGGACAGACACUCCACUCUGUCGAACUCGCCCUGUGACAGUUAAGUACUCUGGAGCCUCACAGGGGAUAUUUGGAAUAAUGGUGACAGGGUCACGCCAUGACCCGGAUAUGCUACGUGAUUUGUUAGACGGAGCCGUAGUGGGUGUGGUUGCAAUUGAAAACCUGAAUGCAAUUUCAAGUGUCAACGAUGAAGACGCAUGGAAUUGUGAUUCUCUCGACGAUAGGAGUGAUAAAUCAAUUGGUGCGUCCCGUUUCGAUCCCGACGGCGACGUGCAAAUGGACCCAGACGUCCCAGGAAACGAAAACCAAUCACCAUCGUCGCCUUUGUCGUCAUCACACGCAUCACACAACGAUGACCAGCAUCCCAGUAUCACUCGCACGGCACGCGAGAACCUCCCUUGCCUAUUCGUUGGCAGCGGUGCAUGUACGCCCCUUGACCCCAACCUGUCACACUGCCUGGGCCAAGCAAUUAUCCGAUCCGUCAACCCCGAAACCCAAACCCUAGACAUCUACACGCCCAUACCACUUUCCAAAAUCCGCGAAACGCUCGAGCAAGGAAACCGCCUAAUCCUCGUUCGAGGGCAGGUGGACAAUCCCAACUGGGCAAUCAGCGAAGAGUACUUUUCCGCACGCGCUGCGCAACGCCGGCAUCGAAAGAUGAUUGCACAAGCCAAGGCGGCGGGAAUCACGCCUGAUGCGAGGGCGCGUAGGCAGCAAGAUAUCGUGUCGGAGCGGCUGCGGGAACGGGUAAUGAGGGUAGGUAACGUGCCGUGGAUGAGGCUGGAUGAAGGUUCUGGGGAUACACAGGAGCACGGCAGCAAGCAGAUGUGGAGGCUGCGGAAGAAGGCUUAUCCUGCAGAUUCGGGAAGUGGCAGUGACAGGGAAUGGUGAUUUCCGCUGCCUUGCAUUUUCGCAUUUGCGGUAUGUUGACUUCAAAAGAUAUAACAGGCACCCAGGCUAUAUGUAUCGUCGAAGACGAUAAACGCUCGUACUUGAAUGCAGCUACAUGUUUGUCUUUGGCGGUGCCAAUGUUGAUAUAGUGGAAAAUACAUCUUUGAAGUGAACCACGAAGCAUUUACAGCAUAAAUCUCGAGGACCAGUGGCGUGCAUUGUGAUUUGAUACGCGUAGGCAGGGUCCAGAGCGCGGAGGGAGUCCUGUAUUCGUCAAUAGACAUCCGCCAAACAAGCCCCUGGGGGAUCUCCCCUUCGAUCUCGCUACUUAAAAUGGUCCCAGUCAACUCCACCCUCAUUACGACUGGAUUAGAAAUGGGCACUUUUACAAUAGGAAUUCGCAAUCAACUAUUCCAUAGAGAGAUCUCUUCCAUGGCUUUGUGACAACAGUUGAACAAGCAUGUCACCGUGAGAAAGGAAAGGCAAAGUUGAGUCAUAGUGAAGCUAUAGUUAUCCAAGCUGUGCCAGUGUCGAUUUGGACAAAUGAUUAAUCCUUCCCGGGUCCAGGGCCAGUGACAUUUCAAGCCACUGCGGAAUCGAAUCGGACUCCGUUUUGGAAGACAAACAAAACGCAACACCAGCCAACCAACGAAUUACGCAGUAGCAAAGGGGGAAAACUUGGCAUGCGUGUAGUUAUUCGCGGAUGUCACAAUCCUCUACCAUAGUUCUUUACCAGUAUAUCAGGGAAAGGACCGGCUGGUUGCCCUCUCCCGCCUUGGUCGCCCGCGGAAACUGGCAGUUAUAUAAUGUGAUUUCCCGGAUACCGGUGGGAAAGGAAACUGAGACAAAGGGAGGAAAAGGGAAAAUGGGAAAAUGGGAAUAGAGAAAGUACGGUUGUUUGAUGACAGGUCAUAUUUUUUAUUUUUUUUUUGUUUUUUUUCGUCACCAGCCCUCUCUGCUGCGAUGCCAGUGGGGAAUAAGGAGGCUCUGCGAGGAUCCGAAAAUACAGCCAGUAUAGUAUAUUCCAAGGUUGAUAACUGUUAGCCAAGAGUGGUAAUAGAUGGAACCAAGGCGGCAGUUUCACACAUCAUAGCAGUGGAAAAUGCUUGUUGAGCAAGUAAACUAAGAUGCCUUUUUUUUUUUUUUUUUUUUUUUUUUUUUUUUUUUUUUUUGCAUCAACAUAUGUUUAACUCGAAGAUAGAAAUAGGUAUGUUGGCAGCGCUGCCUGCAACAGGUUUUCGAGGAAAUACUAUGUAUAACUUAUAUAUAGAGAGAUGUUGAGAACUAUGGGGAUAAUAAAUAAUCUGUCAACUGUCAAUAAGAGGUAUAUAAAUAUCCAACUUUGGGACUCAGGGUCCAGACCAGGCAGAUAUCGAACCUGUCAUCAAUCAGCAAAAGCUUUGUUGUCGCGAGUUUUAUGAAUCAGGGAAACAGACAGACAGACAUUCAGAGAGAGAGAGUGUGUGUGUGUGUAAGGCGCGCUAAUUGGCAACACCUGGAUAUAUAUCUAUCUACCUGACACUCAAACCGCCUCUUGUAGUUCAAUUCAUAUCCUCAUCAUUUUUCGCUUUGACUUUUUUUUCAGUUUCCUAUAACUUAUCUGUCAAGAAAUGAGCAGGUCUUGGAGACAGAGUCGGUGAGGACUUGGCUCUUCUCAAUUCGUUCGGAUGAGACAUCCGUAGGAGAAGAGGCUAACUAAGCCCUUUUCCACGCCUCUCUCUUAUCCUUCGGACAUCCUGUGUUGAGAAGAUGUCCCCGGCGAGACAUGAUAACCCUAUUUUCUGAACACCAGGUUAAAAAAAGACAAAAAAAAAAAAAAAGGGGGUUUGAUGUAUGGAAACUGAGAUCUGUCUUCCAACACCUAGAAGUUACACUCUGGUAGCUUCAACAUUCCACAUUCCACAUUCCACAUUUCCAUCAAAAAACACCACACCGCAUACUGUUUUGUGUGAUGUUUGUAAAAGUAUGUAAUGUACCUGCUUCGAUACCAUACUGGCGGACAUGCAUUGGUCUCCUAUUUCUUUUACUUUGUACUCCCUCCGUGGCACUGUUACUUAUCUGCAGUAAUUUAACGCAGUGCUGCAACGGGCUUUCUGGAUGGGUAUCGCUCUCAGCCGCUUUGCUUUCACAUGCUAAACAAUUCAAAGAAAAGGUUGGGUUUUUGGGAAGAUGUACUAUAUCUCAGACAAUAAAAAUGUCAAGAUAUAACGACGGAGUCUAUCUUGUGUCACAUAUCUUAAUAAGAGCAGACAGGGAUUCCAGAUCUCAAAACUUGCGAAACUGAAUACGGGCUUAAUCCAUCCCAUCCCAUCCCAUCAAAUCAUCACUCUGCAUUCAGUAAUGUCUGGCCGAUGAUAAACCCGCCGUUAACCAUGACCAGGGUGUCAGGAGUCAAGAAAAUAUCCUGGGCAGCCUGCAACGAGGCUCGGCAGUUGGAUGACAUGGAAGUUGAGUUGCGAUCACUUAUUACUGCGUAAGUAAGGAUAUUAUUUCCCUGUUCAGCAGCCUCUUGCUAAGGGCAGGGCUUUUUGCAUUAUUAUUUGAUAAUCAGGUGUGGAUCGCUGCCCAACAGCCUGUACAUGUACAGUAGUACAUAACGAGCGUUGGACAUCGCGGGCGCUUCCUGUUGGCGUUUAUUCAUUUUCAUCGCGAUCAGGGGAUGGAGGGUAGUGUAAGUGUGCAAAUCCCCGCACUAAAUGAUUGUUAACUUCUUACACCGUAGUUACGGAGUAACUACUCUCGAGACAAAAAUAUACAUACAUACAUAAAGACGGUCUCGUCAUAUAUCCUCGCCCGAACAAAAUUGGCGCUUUUGUCACAACAUCAUUCAUCGCGCGCGGAGGAGAUAAAUAAAGAUCAGCCCAGGCCAAGUGCGGUGCGGUGCUCCCUCGCUUCGGGGCUACUUAGUUGAAACCGUCGAGAAAAAAAAAAAAAAAAGGCACUAACUAGAAUCACCUCCUUCGAAACAAAGCCCGAAGUCGAUCCCUUCGACACGUGGGAAAAUGCCGUUUUGGGGCCUGGAAAUGGUCAGCUAGCUAUUUUCUCCUCUCUAUCCCCCCCCCGUUGGGCCGAGAUUCGUCGUGGGGUGGGGGGGGGGCGGGGGACGACGAGUCGACGAAAGCCACCGCAAUCGGCGCCGCUCCGUCCAAUAUAGGUUUACAAAUCCCUGGCGACUAAUCACCGCAGCUCCGGCGCCAUUCGGGUAGCUAUAUAGUCACUGUACCAGGGUCUUGCGUUGUUAUCGAAAAAGUCCUUCAUUUGUCAUGAUUGUUACUGUUCCUGGGAAUGAUUCAAUCAAUGCCUUCUUGUUCUUCGGAUUGUUGAGUUACAGGGAAGGGGAGCCAGUCACCCCUCGGCUCUUCUCAAUAAUAAUAUCCAUGGCAUGGCAUGGACCAUGGGAAAAUCUCUCGUGGUUGAUGGUGGUCGGGGGGGGUCCACACACUCCAUUAUUAUUAGUUAUUACUUAAAAAAGGUUAAAAAGGGAAAAUAAAUGAAUAAAAAAUACGAGCGAGCACCAGCGGGGCAUCCGGAAAGUGUUAAAAAAAUAAAAAAAUAAAAAAAUAAAAAAAAGAACAUGAACAACGGUUCUGCAUGUCAUCUCAUCUCCUCCUCUCUCAAGAGGAACUAACUACAACUCUGCAAAGCAACCGUGGCACAGAAUAAUAUGAUGUCAAUUCUGACUAACGUUAAAACCAGAUAAGCCGACGAUUCGGCGGGUCUUGCAACGGUCAGAAGGGGAAGAACCAGACUGACGAAGAAGGCUGAUGGAAGUAAGUAAAUCUGUAGUUAGUUUACUGUACGGAGUACGGAGUACCUGUAAUAAAAGUGGCAUAACUAUCUCUUAUGUCCCCAGGUUGAAACCCGUACCGUACCUGGCUAAGAAGCCAACAAGGGGGAGUCAUUUCCGCACACACUGAACCCCACCAGGAAAAUGUACUCCGUACAGCAACACCGGACGGAAUGGAGUCAGACAGUGAGAUUGUUUUUUUUUUUUUCCAGUUGUAACUACACGACUCCCUUCCUCUUAUCUCAUGCAAAUAAUCAUAAAGGCUUAGUGAAGCUCCUGGCUCAUCCUUCUCAUGCGCAUGCGCAUAAAAGGAUAAUCGGAGAUUAUAUCUUGGGGCAUCUUGCAAUGGAAAAAUCAAAUCCUUCAUGUAAAAAUAUAACUAUAACAGUGCGCCAUGCAAUGUCCUCUCAACCAGCCAGGUGGUAACUAAUGUACAUGUACAUUACAUUACAUUGCUAUCUUUACUCUAUACUCUAUUUCCAGUUUCAUGGAUUUCACGGAUUUCACGGAUUUCACGGAUUUCACGGACGUUGGAAUAUUAACUAAUUCAUAAGCUCAGAGUUAGAACUAUCCCAUUUCCCACACUGCCAAUUUUGGCCGCCACCCCUCGGGAAUGAACCAAUGCCACGGCAUUGACGGGAGUGCCGGCAAUAAUAAUUAUCAUAAUAGUAAUCAUCAAUAUAUAUAUAUAAGGUUUUUUCCCCUG